AUGGGCGGCUCAAGCAUCCUCACCCAGAGCACAAUCGACCCCGCCGACUACGGACGCGACGAUUUCAUUCGCGCUCCGACUCAACCGUCCUCCUUCUUCUUUGAUCCAGAGCAGCAUGCCUCGAACGAUGCGCGCCACGCCACCACUGGGGCCGCCGAUGACAACACUCAUGAGGUGACGCCUGGCGACAUUUACGCCGACGCUGGCAUGGGUGCUCCCCUGCAAGACUUUCACAUCCACCGAUCCAACAGCGGUGGCAAGCGUUCCGCUCGCUCGUGGUGGUCCGGAGAGCGCAAAGGCAUGGGCCGCGGCUGGGGCAUCAUGAAGAGCAAGAAGUCGGGUGCACCGAAGCGUGCGUCCAGCGCAAGCCAGCACGCCCGCCGCGCGUCGGCAUCAGAGGCGGCCGAGUUUGCCGCCCAGUGGCGCGCCGAGCACACUCCCUCCGUUUCUCCUGCCGCUUCCGUUGUGGCCAACUCUCCCACUCACACGCUGUCACCGACCACUACGGGAUCCGCUCCCCCCUCUGUGCAAUUCCACAAGCGCCGCACAGAGUCGCCAGCUCAGUCUUCAUCGCUCUGCCGUGGGUGGCGUCGAGUCCUGCACAUCCUCGGUGCUGGACAUGCCUAA